AUGGCAAGGCUUCAGACAAUCAGCGAGGGGGAGAUCCAGCAGAUGAGCAGUGUGCUGCAGUCACGAGUGGUGACGGAGGUGGUGGCACAGGUGCAAAGCAUGCUGGGACAACGGCAGUCCUCCACACUGGACAUCGCGGUUACGGGGGAGUCAGGCUCAGGGAAGUCCACCUUCAUCAACGCCUUCAGAGGCAUCGCUGAUGAUGAUGACCCCAGGGCGGCAAAGACCGGUGUGACAGAAACUACCCAGGAGAUCAUAGCAUACGACCACCCCACUGCGCCUACCGUCCGUUUGUGGGACUUGCCGGGCAUCGGGACGCCCACUUUCCAACCUCAGCGUUAUCUGGAGGACGUGGGGCUGACCAAGUACGACUUCUUCAUCAUCGUGGCGUCAGAGCGCUUCAGGGAGUGUCAUGUGACACUGGCCAGCUGCGUGGCGCAGGCAGGGAAGAAGUUCUACUUUGUGCGCAACAAGGUGGACAACGACCUGGAGGCCUCCGCCCGGAGGAGGGGGCGUAUGGGCUUGAGCGAAGAGGCCGUUUUGAGGGAGAUACGAGACGACUGUAAGGCUGGCUUGCAGAGGACCGGGGCGGGGCAGCCCCAGGUCUUCCUGCUCUCCUGCUUCCAGCCGCAGAGCUUUGACUUUGCCCUGCUGCACGAGACCCUGGAGAGGGAGCUGGAGGAUCAUAAGAGGCACAUCUUCCUGCUGGCGCUGCCCAACCUCACCGCUGCCUUGCUGGAGAGGAAGCAGCAGGCGCUGGCCGGGAGCGGGGGCGCUGUUCACAGCAGCGUGCCCAUGCUUAUGAGCACCCUGCAGUCCUUCCAGCGUAGCUUCGGCUUGGACACCAACUCCCUGCUCCGGUUGGCCAACAUGACGGGAAAAUCCUAUCAGGAGCUCUACGGAGAGGUGCGCUCCACCUCCGGCAGGGAGCUCUCAAUGCAGACUGUGGAGGGCAUGCUGUCCCAGGUGGCAUUGGGCCAGCAGGUCCUGUCGGGUCUGCUGGAGAGUCGGAUCCCGGUGCUGGGCAACAUCAUCUCAGGGGGCGUCUCCUUCAUGGCCUCGUACAGCCUACUGAAGUCUGCCAUCAAGGACCUGCGUGAGGACGCCGAGAGAGUGAUGCACAGAGCUCUGGUUGGGGCAGACGACACCCGAGAGGACGUUCCGGAUCCAGGAUAUUUUUAUGCGGACUAA